CUACUUCCUGCAGGUUUGUGUUCUGGCGGCUCAUGGAACAGGACAUGUGGGAGAUCUUUGAAAGAGGACAAAGAUGCCCAAGCACAGAAGACGAGAAGGACUCUGAGGCCCCCUACUAUGUUGAGACUCCUUAUGGUUACCAGUUAGACCUGGACUUCCUCAAGUAUGUUGACGACAUCGAGAGGGGCAACACGAUUAAGAAGCUGAGCAUCCAGAGGAAGCCCAAAGCGGCCAAACCCUCGGUGCCUCGGGGCAGCACUGGCGGGGUCGGCGCUCAGGCUGAAUGGACCUCCACAGACUCGCUGUCCUCCUCCAACAGUGACGGCAAACAGUCCCCGGUCUUCUUCACCAGCAGGGCCGCCGCCCCGCUGACCCCCACCCUCUGCAGGGCAGCGUGUGAGGUGCCUCUGCAUCAGGCGUGUUCGAGCGUCGCAGAGCAGAAACAGCUCCUCCCCCCGCCGUCGCCCAGGUUUGCCCCUCGGCACAACCCCCAAGUGGAGAAGACCCUCAUGGAGACCCGCCGUCGGCUGGAGCAGGAGCGUGCGCUUCUGCAGCCGCUAAGCGAGCCUCCGAUGCCCCGCCGGCGUCUCGCCAGCUUCGGUGGUAUGGGCUCCAGCAGCUCGCUGUCCUCCUACUCUGGCUCCAUAGGCACAAGCCAGAUCUCGCCCAACGCCUAUCAGACUCUGCCCAUCAACGGUCAUCUCCCUAAUGGAGAGUAUAACGCCUACUACCCACCAUCCAGGGGCAGCUCCAUCCGCCACAGCCCCAUGAGCUCAGGCGUGGCUACCCCGGUAACUAACGUCAGCCCGUUACACCUGCAGCAAAUCCGGGAGCAGAUGGUCGUGGCGCUCAGGAGGCUGAAAGAGCUGGAAGAGCAGGUGAAAACCAUUCCCAUCCUGCAGGUGAAGAUUGCCGUUCUGCAGGAGGAGAAAAGACAGUUGGCCGCUCAAUCAAAAGGUCAAGGUCUCGGCGGCUUCCGCAAACGUUCCUACAGCGUAGGCUGCGCUGACCAAAUGGAAAACCCGGGCCCCAUCCAAAAAACCAACACGGUGGUCACAGAAACCCGGACCGUCGCUGCCGGAGAAGGACUCGUCAAAGACGUUCACGCAACGGCAAAGAUGCGUUCGAUCGCCGUUGGAACCACCUCGGACGUGGAGCUCUUGCCCGCCAAAUUGAGCUCAACUAAAACCAGAGAAUGUGGGGUGGGGCCAGUGAGCGUCCAUGAGAAUUUCCUGGUUGGUUUAAAAACCAGAAACAUAGCGUGUGGCCCCUCCCAGCCGGCUGAGUCUGUGGCGAGCAUCGGCAGCCAGGAGACGGCAGAGGCGAAGCCUGCGCCGGCCGCCGUGCACGCCGAUCCGGCCGCCCUGCAGGCGCACGGUGGCGUCAGCUUGGACCAUUACAUCGAGCGUGUGCAGAAGCUGCUGCAGGAGCAGCAAAUGCUGCUGGCCGAGAACUACACCGAGCUGGCGGAGGCGUUCGGCCAGCCCCAGUCCCAGUUUGGGGUCAUCAACAGUCAGCUGGUCAGCACGCUGUCAUCCAUCAACUCAGUCAUGAAGUACGGGAGCGCCGAGGACAUCCUGAAGCUGCAGGCGGAGUCACAAGAAGCGAACACGCCGUCGCAGCAGCAGAUCAGUGCGGCCGAGCAGAAGAGCCGCAUGGACCUCCAGAUGUCUACAGCGCUGCAUGGUACGACUGCAACAACACAAUACGAGACUACGUCGAGUGACGACUCCAGCUCAGAGGACAGCAGCUCCUCUGGGUCAGACGAAGAGGAGGAGGACGAGGAGGGGGGGUACGGAGGAAAGAAGGAACACCAGAAAGUGGAGGGGAGGAGCGCGAGGGAGGAGUUCCAGCCCGAGGGAGCAGAGGACGUGGACAAGAAGGAUGACGAGGAAAGUUCAGAGAAGCAGGAGACGAGAGAGAGGUAUGAGCUGAGUGAGAAGAUGCUGGCUGCCUGCAACGUUCUCCAGUCUCACCUCAGUGACUCCAAGGCCGUGACCAACAAAGACCUGAGAGGCUGUCUCAACACGGUGCAGCACGAGUGGUUCCGCGUGUCCAGUCAGAAGGCGGCGGUGGCGGCCAUGGUGGAGGACUACCUGGGAGCUUUCACGGACUUCUCUCCCGCCGUGCUGCGCCACGUCGUCAACAUGGCCGACGGCAACGGCAACACGGCGCUGCACUACAGCGUCUCACACUCAAACUUCCAGGUGGUGAAGAAGCUGCUGGAUGCAGAUGUCACGAUGGGUGACGUCAACGCACGCGCCAGUCAGGCCGGCCAGACAGGGCUGAUGCUGGCGGUCAGUCACGGCAGGAUGGACAUGGUUCGAGCCCUGCUGGCUCACGGCGCCGACGUCAACAUCCAGGACGACGAGGGCUCGACGGCGCUCAUGUGCGCCAGCGAGCACGGCCACGUCGAGAUCGUCAAGCUGCUGCUGGCCCAGCCGGGCUGUGACGCCACGCUCAGCGACAGUGAUGAGAGUAGUGCUCUGUCCAUAGCUCUGGAAGCGGGACACAAGGACAUCGCAGUGCUGCUUUAUGCUCACGUCAACUUCUCCAAAGCCCAGUCACCAGGAACGCCUCGACUCGGCAGAAAAACGUCCCCGAGUCCGACCCGGAGGGGCAUGUUUGAUUAAACCCAGCCUCUCCUCUGCCCACAAACCCUGCGCUGCUAUUGGUUCUCAUGCACGACGCCUUACCCAUCGCUGGAUUUACCCAACCAACCAAUGAGAUUUCUUUAAUCUAUGUGCACAUUUGCCUCCACGACGAGCCCAAAGUGCCCUUUGAAUAUGAAUGUAAGCAGCUGGUGCUUCACACCCACAGACUGUGGCUGAGAGUCACAAACUCUGGAGUUCAGACCAACCUUUAAUCUAAAAUAUGCCUUUUUUUUUUUAAACUUGAUGCUCAGUGUUGAUCAUAAAGAGCACCAAACCCUCGUCAUUUGAUUUUAAUUUUAAUUAUGUUUGCGAGCGUCCGAGAUGGAGCGCGAUCCAGCCAUCCUGUACAUACCGCCGGCCUCGACAUCCCGGUGUCACAUCGGCGUGAGCUAAACUGGAGAAGUUUUACUUUUAUACAAAUGAUUUGUAUCUAUUUAAAAAGAAGAAUCACAGUAUUUUGAAUAUUUCCUUUUACUACUUAACAAUCCACGAGGUUAUAUAUUUAUCAGAGUAUAGUUUUUAAUGCAGAGAUGUAUUACGUUGUACAUACGGUGGUCGUUUGACUCUAGUUCUCCUUUUUGUCCAGUUUCCUUCUGUGUAAAAUAAGAAGUUCUCUAGUUUCCAUCAAGGUACUGACUUUCAUGCUCACGUGAGAUUUGAAGUGCCUUCAACUUUACCAUGUAACAAUAAACCAAUUAAAGAAU